GGAGUGGGGCCUAUGGGGGGGGCGGAGCCUGCCAGGCGGCAGGGCUCCCUUCCCCGCGCUUAUUGUGGCGGCUGAUUCGCGAAAGCAGAGGCGACGCUGGCUCCUGUUCAGGUGGAAAUCUCGGUAGAGGCUUCGCGGAGUGGUAAUUCCUGGGCGAGAGUUGCUGAGGAGCUGGUUACUGGCAGUCCCGCCCCUGAGAGGGUGGGCUGUGCGGCGGGACCUCGGCUCAGCGGUAUAAGCUUUUUACAGCUGGCCAAAGCUGCAAGCCCAGAUCCUGUCCAGAAUCAUUUUAAAAGCCAGGCAAGGUGGCAUACGGCUGUGAUCCCAGCACUUGGGAGGCUGAGGCAAGAGGAUUACCAUGAGUUUGAGCCCACCCCCCACUACAUAGCAUAGUGCCAUGGUGCUAGGCAAUGGAGAAUAUAUAGUUACCUUUCAAGAAUUCCACAGCUUGGUAUUGGAAAUCAAUAGCUCUUCUGGCUUUUCUAUUAUUUAAAUAUAUAUAAUAGUGUCAUCCGACUAUGUUUCUGAUGCCAGCCUCUUCAGAACUAAACAAUGAGCAGAACUUCCUAACCCAAUGGAUGACCAGUCCUUCUCGUGCUGGGGUCAUAUUAAAUCGUGGAUUUCCUAUUUUGGAAACAGAUGAAGAGAAGCAAGCAGCUACAAAUACUUCUACUAGCUUUCCUAUUAAAGCUACACAUUUUUCAAACAGUUUCAGCUUUAUCAGUGAAGAAGAUUCACUUCAUGAAGAACAGAAGUUGGAGUCUAGCAGCCCUUAUAUAUUACAGUCAGAAAAAUCAGAAGCCCAUACAGUCUUGCCUUUAAUUAAAAAGGGACCACAAAUAGUGGCAUGUCAGGAUGUUCCUGGAGAUCAGAAAGAUGACAAAAGUGACUUUAUGUCCAAUCUUGCUAGUGAAUUCAAAGAAGUGGCUUAUAAAGACCCACUUUUUAAAAAGCUUGAACAGCUGAAAGAAGUACAGCAGAAAAAGCAGGAACAACUGAAGAGGCAACAGUUAGAGCAACUGCGGAAGCUCAUGGAAGAACAGGAGAAGCUGCUUACUAUGGUGUCUGGGCAGCACAUGCUUGCAGGUUUUACCUCACUGCCUGAUGAUCAGAGUCAAAAGUACAGAUCUCCUGGAAGUGUACCAGCUGGAGAGAAAGCCACACCCUUCUUGCCAUCAUAUGUCUACCCAAGUCAAACCCAAGAAAAGCUGCAUGCUUCCAACAUUUUAUCCGAUGAACAGAACUUCUGUAGAGUGACACAUCAUGAUUUUGUUCUAACUUCAAAAAGUGCUCCUUCCAAUUUGUUUUAUGAGUCACAAUAUCAAGAAACAAUUGUGAAAAAAUAUGAUUCGAAGGAAGAAAACCAGAACCAUCCUACAGGAGAAAAUAUUUUACCGCGUUGGGAGAAAAUGACAGAACAGAUUCAGGAAGGGAAUGAUAUAAGCUUAAAAAAAAUUGGUGAUUCCUCAGAAGUGGUUAAUAAUGAAGAACGGCCUAUUAAAGCUACCAUUAGAGAAAGGAAACAGACAUUUGAAGACUACUUAGAAGAACAGAUUCAGUUGGAUGAACAAGAACUUAAACAAAAACAGCUAAGGGAAGCAGAGGGACAAUUGAUAAUGAAAGCAAAACCCAAACAACCAUUCUUAAAACGAGGAGAAGGUUUAGCCAGGUUUACUAAUGCUAAAUCUAAAUUUCAAAAAGGGAAAGAAAGUACAUUAGGGGCUAACCAGAACACUUCAGAGGAUCAAUCUCUGUUCAAAGUAGAUAGUCAACAAUUCCAGCGGAAAACUGCAGUUGUAAAUAAAGAACUGUGUUCAGAGAACCUUACUGUUAAGAAGGAGAGUAAAGCUGGAAGCAGGACUGGUUUUGUCACACUCAGUCAGAAGCCAAAAGUGCCUAAGAGCAAUAAUAGGGAAAGUGUCUCUCCAUCAGGAUCAAAAAUACAGACAGGGAAGACAUGUAAUGGACAAUUUAAAGAGAAGAUCAAGUUAGAAAAGAAAGUUGACUCUAACAAAGAAAAUGAACCUGAGCGUACAAAGCCCUGUGAUACUGGUUGCAAAGGAUGGAAUAAGACACAGGGGAAAGAUAGACCACCUCUUUCCAUAAGGCCUGUCAGCUGCAUGGCUUCUAAGAGGCCCAUAAGUGAGACGGUAGAGUUGGGCUCUUCUCUUGACAUUUCUCUUCAGAAAAAAUUAGAGUAUUGGGAACAAGAAAAGGAAAAAGAAAGUUUGGAAUUAGAUGAAUUUUUAUUUUUAGAAAAAGCUGCUGAUGAAAUUUCAUUUUCUAGUAAUUCCUCAUUUGUACUGAAAAUCUUAGAAAAGGAUCAACAGAUCUGCAAAGGUCACCGGAUGUCUUCAACCCCUGUCAAAGCUGUGCAACAGAAGACACAUCCGGUGGAUCUCAGGACCGAGAGAAACAGCAGUCAAGGUCCAGUCCCUAACCCUGCCCUUGAAAGUAGGAGUGAGCAUGAGAUCACAGCCAUACCACUUGAUUCUGCAUCCUCAACUGAUGGAUUGAAGGAACUAUCUUGCAAAAUCAGUGGCAAAGCCUUCCAAAUGAACACUUCUGAAGGUCGAAUGCCAUGGAAUGUGAGUGAUGAUGAAGUUGCUACAGGAAGUGACAGUAGCACUGCCUCUGAGGAACAGCUCGAUAUUACCAUAAAGCCACCCACAGAGGACACAGAGGGAGGUUUCAGCCACAGAGAGGACAGCCCACAAGUCUGUGAUGGCAAGGGACCUUUUAGGGACACCAGGACUCAAGAAAAUAGAAGGAGAGAUGUUGACCUGGAUUUAUCUGAUAAAGAUUAUAGCAGUGAUGAGUCUGUUGUAACAGAAAACAUGGAAACUAAAGUAUCUGAACCCUCAAGAAGACCCUUGUUAUUAAGUAUGAGUAAAAUUGACUUUGAUGAUGAAAGAUCUUGGACUGACCUUGAAGAGAAUUCAUGUAAACAUGAUGUUAAUCUUGAGGAUGAAGCCUUUUACGAGAUGCCACAGACAGGCUAUCCUAACAGUGAUGUAUAUGUCCUGGACAGAACAGUAAAAAGGAAAGUUGCACCAGUCAGGAAGGGAGAUGACCUGAGCAAGUCUAAUAGGAGUACAAGUCCCCCUCCCACAUCAGAUCUGAUGAUGAAAUUCUUCCCUUCAUUGAAACUGAAACCAAAAUCAGAUUCACACUUGGGAAAUGAGCCCAAGUUAAGUCUGAGUCAAGACCAACCAUCUGGUGACAGUGCUCGAUCCCAGGCUUUGCGAGAGAAAGUUGUUGAACUGGAAACAGAAAUAGAAAAAUUUAAAGCUGAGAAUGCCUCCUUGGCUAAGCUUCGGAUGGAACGAGAAAGUGCCAUGGAAAAACUCAGGAGAGAAACUGCAGACUUUGAACAACAGAAAGCAAAAGAAUUGGCUCGAAUAGAAGAAUUUAAAAAAGAGGAAAUGAGGAAGCUACAGAAGGAGCGUAAAGUUUUUGAAAAGUAUACUACAGCUGCAAGAACUUUUCCAGAUAAAAAGGAACGAGAAGAAAUACAGUACCAGGGAUUGAACUUGGGACCUUGUGUUUGCAAGGCUUUGAAACACCAAAUAGAAGAUUUACAGGAAGAUCUGAAAAGGAAGGAAGCAAAAUGGACAAGCUCAUAUGGCCGUCUAAGAAGCCAGAUAGAAAUGUUAGUCCGAGAGAACACAGACCUCCGAGAAGAGAUAAAAGUGAUGGAAAGAUUCCGACUGGAUGCCUGGAAGAAAGCAGAAGCUAUUGAGAGCAGCCCCAAGGCCUACCAGUGUGUAACUGCUGGGAAGAAAGAUGAGUCCAUGAGCACAUCUGUGCGAUACCACAAGAGCCACAUUUCCUCAGGAGCCCAGGGGGAAAAGUACAAGAAAAACUAUUUGCCAAAACAUGGUAAUCCAUCUCAAAGAUCCAAGUCUGUACCUCCUCGGGAUUUAGGCAGCUCAGAUAAAGGACAAGCUGCCUUGCCCAGGGAGCCGCUUGAACCACUCACCUUCCUAGAUCCUGAAUAUAAAAAGGAGGAAAAAGAAGAAGAAAUUCAGGAAGAAAUCAGUCAUUCUGAUGGAAAGGUGGAAAAGGUUUAUAAGAAUGGGUACCAGGUUACACUGUUUCCCAAUGGGACUCGGAAAGAAGUGAGUGCUGAUGGGAAGACUGUCACUGUCACUUUCUUCAAUGGCGACUUGAAGCAGGUCACACCAGACGGCAGAGUGAUCUAUUACUACGCUGCUGCCCAGACCACUCAUACCACAUACCCUGAAGGACUUGAAGUUCUACACUUCUCAAGUGGACAGAUAGAAAAACAUUUCCCAGACGGAAGGAAAGAAAUCACAUUUCCUGACCAGAUCAUUAAAAAUUUAUUUGCUGACGGCCAAGAAGAAAGCAUCUUCCCAGACGGCACAGUUGUCAGAGUGCAACGUGAUGGCAACAAAAUUAUAGAGUUUAAUAAUGGCCAAAGAGAACUUCAUACUGCACAGUUCAAGAGACGGGAAUAUCCAGAUGGCACUGUUAAAACUGUGUAUACAAAUGGUCAUCAAGAAACAAAGUAUGCGUCUGGCCGAGUGAGAGUUAAGGACAAAGAUGGUAAUGUUCUCAUGGACUCAGAAUUGUAAUGCUCCAGUGUGAUUGAUCAUGAAGUGACACUACCUGAUCUUCCUGUUUUUUUUUUUUUUUUUUGGUACCGGGGAUAUCAAACUCGGGUCCUUGUGCUUGCGCAGCAGGCGGUGAAACCACUGAGCUAAAUCCCCGGCCCCUGAUUUUCCUGUUUUAAAAAAGGUACAAUUCUUGUGGAUUCUGUUUAAUUUAUAUAGCCUCUGUGUGUCUAAAUGGCAGAGAUGGAUUCUAAAAUAAAAGUUGACUAGAAAAGCUUCAUUAUUGUAUUCUUUGAAAUACACAAGGAUGACAUGCAUUUAUAAUUCACCUCUCCUGUUUUUCUACAGCUAGAUUAAAGAAAGUAUUAUUUUGUCAUAAA